CACCAAUUCAAAUUUCUGCAUCCCUCAUUCUUCCACGUCAGCAAAGACAGUUAACCAAUCAGAAUCAUCUCCACCAGAAAAAGCAAGAUAAAAACCUCACUCGCUCCUGCGAAAACUCCCAUUCAUUCAUUCGUCCCAAGAACCCAUGUGGUUUCCUGUCCCCCUCUCGGCUCUUCCUCGCCACUCGCCAGUCGCCACCAUGGCCAUGCACCAUGGGAAAUUCCCCCCUCCAACUCCUGCUUCAAAAAACCGUCUCUCUUGCCCUGGGUCACCAACCGCUGUCGUGUUCAUCGUCUCCUUGCAUUCCACCAGCAACGCUACUGCCAUAGUGAAGCCUUUCAGCCGUUAUUUGAUCGUUGCUUCAGAACAUCUCACUUUUGCGUAUAAAAAAGGUUGCUGCCUAUACCAACCUAUCAAUUUGCGAUUGCAUUCGCUUACUAUAUAUAAUACAAAAUAAAGACAAAGCUUUCGUUGUCGGUUGUGCUGAGUAAUUUGCGAUUACAAUAAUUUUUUGGGUUAGUUUACUCUGCAGUUUUUCUUCCUCAAAGUCCUUCCUUCUUUUCUUCUCUUUUCCUGGAUGGCAACUGCCAUGCUCACCGUGCUUCCACCAAUAUAUCACCCAGGCACAAUUUAAUCCAAAAACUAAUGCAUGUGGGAUGCUAUCAUUUUGACAACUAAUUAGAGGUGGUAAAUAGAUUAGAUUUAUGAAUUGGUGUCAUGGAUUAGUGAAUCCAUGAAUCGAAUGGAUUGGUGAAUUCAUGAAUUGGAUCAAAUAGAUUGGUGCGUUGGAUAAUGGAUCCAAGGGACAUCUAAACAUGACACCAAUAUCUAUAUUUGAAAAAUUGUAGGUACUAAAUGGCAUAACAAAAUAAAUUUGUGGUAUCAAAACGUAACUUUUCAAUGAUGUUUUAUGUCACAAAUAAAGUCUAUGUAUUGUAAAAUAUAUAAAUUAUAGGUAUAAUUUUUCAACAAUCAAUAAAUCUAAUCCAUGAAUGCAUCAAUUAAAUUUGCAUAAAAUGGAUUGAAUUAAUUAAAUAUUUAACUAGAUGAAUUGAAUUGCUUAACUAAAUACAAAAUUGUCACAACUCAUGAUUAAACCUUAUCUAGAUAGAUGUAAAGGUAUGUGCUUCCCAUAGUCAUACCAUACUCCUGCCAACAAAAACCUGUCUGGUCUUGAGAAACCACAUUAUGCACAAUCAUUACUUUCACUGUCUGAUUCUUUCUAGAGUUCAAAAGAGUUGAGGUUUAGAAAGCAUCGAAUUCCCUCAUAUAUAUAGUAUUUCAUUAGUAGAAGUAGUUCCCAAUGCUAAAAUCUUGACUCAAGACAAACAAUAAAAAGGUAUCGGAUACAUAAUAACCUCUCACCAAAAAUAAUCCCCGCUCAGCAUCCGAUCAUACAAAAUGGGAUAUGUACAGGAUAUGCAUUUCAUAUAAUUGGGUUAAAAGUGUGUUAUUUUCUACGCAUAACUCCCAAGCACAUAUGUGGAAAUAAAUAAUUUAUAUGCUGAGCCUAUUUUCUCCAAUUAAGAGUAACAUUGUUUACUCCUUUUGUAGUAGACAAACAAAUUCACUAUUGCUUUAAAUUUUAAUGGGUAUAAAGUAUUUACAAAUACAAAUUCACAAUAUGCAUUGUUGUUUCCUUCUCAUCUCCAUUUCUUAUACUUAUAUCUCAAUUUUGUAACUAGGACAAUGGAAGUAUGGAACUCCUACAUCAAACCAAUAACUCAUAAUGUCACGGAACCAAAAGUUAUGUAUAAUCCCAAUUGACAAUUAUCUGACCCAACCACAAUUGAGAAGAAUGUCAGGAAACCAGAUAUUAUGAAAACUAUAAUCCCAAAUUCUCAAUUGACACACUAAUUCAAACUAAUGUUACCCGGCCAAAGGACGGGAUUUAAGCUAGUGUCUACUAAACAGGGUUUCGGGCGGAAAAUUUACGGGGCAAUUUUUGCCAGUUUCCAAAGGGGUACCAUCACCCAUUUCGGGUGAUUUUAUGGAAAGUCCAUUUUCCUUGGAUUUUGAAUGCGAUGGUUCACAGAUUCGGCCUUAGGGUACUCUUCACCAACGAUUAAGUCUAGCAAUGGCCGAUUUGGUCGGAAAUUUGGUUGAAUUUUUCCGCAGGGCAUUUUCGUAAUUUUUUGGCGCUUUUUUCGAAAGACCAUUUUCCAUCGAUUUUGUACAAAAUGAAGAUAUUAGUAUAAGUAAUGUAAUUUUAUCCCAAAACAAACACCAAAGAUAAAAAAAUUUUAGCAAAUGCAUAUUUGAUAAGUUAGAAAAUUAUACCCCAACGGACCAUGUUAAGAUUAGAACCCUCGACGGUGUGUGAGUAUCUUGAACCGAGAUUCUAAACAAAGAUCAUGAGUUGAGGGUGAGUCUAAAUUAAACUUCAGGAAUUAACAAUUGGUACAUAUUGUAUAAGAUAUUAAAUUGAGUGUCUUGAU